GCUCGCUGACCCAGGCGGACAUGCUGCUGAAGCAGGGGGCCGCAGAUGUGGACGCGGACCAGGCGAAGGCGAAGAAGGAGUCGCUAGCGAGCCAGACCAUGAGCGUGGCGAACGGCUCCUGUCUGCACGCCUUCGUGUUCUCCAACCACUUCGACGUCUUCUUCGCUGUGGCCAUUUUGACGAACAUGGUCUUCAUCGGCUUUGAGGUGCAGUACAACCUGGAGAACCCGGGGCCCGAGAGCGUGAUGAUCCAGGUGGUGCGGAACGUCUACACGGGGCUCUUCUCCAUGGAGCUGCUGCUGCGGAUCUGCGCCUCUGGGUGCCGCUCCUUCCUCUGCGGCAGGGACAUGAAGUGGAACCUCCUGGACCUCUUCAUCGUGCUCAGCAGCUGGUGGGAGGCUUUCGUUGAGAUCGCCUACGCCUUCCACGUGGACGGCCUGGAAUCCGUGGUCGGCCUCGCAGGGCUGCGGACCUUGCGGAUCGUGCGCAUCACGCGGCUGGUGAAGAUCGCGCGGAUCACGCGGCUGCUGCGCUUCGUGAUGGCGCUGCGCACGCUCACGCAGUCCAUUUUGUACACGCUGAAGUCUCUGAUUUGGGCGCUGGUUCUGCUGACGCUGAUCGUGUACGUGUUUGGAAUCCUUUUUGCCCAGGCGGUGAACGAUCACAUCACCGACCCCGCCCUGCCGCCGCUCUCCGACCAGGCCUUGGCCAUGUCGGAGAUCUACUUUGGAAACCUUUGGCUGGCGAUGCUGAGUCUGUUUAUGAGCAUCGCGGGGGGCGUCAGCUGGGAGCAAGUCCUGGUGCCGCUGCAGGCCAUCUCCUGGAUUUGGGUCAUGGUCUUCCUCUUCUACAUCUCCUUCACGUAUUUCGCGGUGCUCAACGUGGUGACUGGUGUCUUCUGUCAGAGUGCCAUCGACAGCGCGCAGAGCGACCAUGAUGCGGUGCUCCAGUCGAUCCUGGCGAACAAGCAGGCGCACAUCGAGAAGAUCAGGUACCUGUUCAACGAGAUAGACGCGGAAGACACGGGGGUCAUCACCUACCAGAUGUUCCAGAACAAGGUGGGCACCAAGGAGGUGCAGACCUACUUCGAGUCCAUCGACCUGGACAUCUGGGACGCCUGGUCCUUCUUCAAGCUCUUGGAUUUGGACAACGGCGGGGCCAUUGAGGUCGAGGAGUUCUUGAUGGGCUGCCUGCGGCUGCGGGGCUCUGCGCGUGCCAUGGACAUGGCCAAGCUCUGCCACGACCAGGCGUGGCUCAUCAAGAACACGGCGAGGUUCUGGACCUUUGUGGAGGAAGAGUUGCAUCGCACCAAGAAGCGCUUGGACAUGCUCACCGGGCCUUCACGGGAAUGACCGCCUUUUUGCAGAUCCAGCGGCGCGCGCCUUCGCGCGCGCCCGCGCGUCCGGGAGCGCGAGCUGCGCCUUUUCUCUGCUGGGUUGCUCCGAGACGGCAAGGAUGACCGAGGCCGGAAU